AUGUGCAUGUGGGGCGUUCGGAGGAAGGGCGUGGUCGAGGUAGAAGUCAACAGGGAAGGGGUGGAGGGAGAGGUAGAGGCAGGUCUGGGGUGGUGUCUUCCACGGAAGAAGGUGGAGGCGCAGAUUGUUUGGAAGGUCCUGAUAGGGGAGGGCGCCAAAGAAGGGGAGGGCAGCAAGGGAGAGGAGGGAGGCAAGGAAGGGGAGGGCAGCAAGGGAGAGGAGGGAGGCAAGGAAGGGGAGGGCAGCAAGGGAGAGGAGGGAGGCAAGGAAGGGGAGGGCAGCAAUGGAGAGGAGGGAGGCAAGGAAGGGGAGGGCAGCAAGGGAGAGGAGGGGGGCAAGGAAGGGGAGGGCAGCAAGGGAGGGAUGGGCAGCAGGAAACGCGAGGGCUUCAAGGCAGGGAAUGGAAGGGCCACAGGGAAUGGGUUGGUAGGAGGGAAUGGGGAGGGCACUGGGAAUGGGUUGGCAGCAAGGAAUGGGGGGGGCAGAUUGUUUGGGAGGGCAGCAGGGAAUGGGCAAGCAGCAGGGAAUGGGAGGGCGGCAGAGAAUGAGAGAGCCGCAGACACUGGGAGGGCCACAGGGAAUGGGAGGGCCACAGGGAAUGGGAGGGGCACAGGGAAUGGGAGGGGCACAGGGAAUGGGAGGGGCACAGGGAAUGGGAGGGGCACAGGGAAUGGGAGGGGCUCAGGGAAUGGGAGGGGCACAGGGAAGGGGAGGGGCACAGGGAAUGGGAGGGGCACAAGGAAUGGGAGGGGCACAGGGAAUGGGAGGGGCACAGGGAAUGGGAGGGGCACAGGGAAUGGGAGGGGCACAGGGAAGGGGAGGGGCACAGGGAAUGGGAGGGGCACAGGGAAUGGGAGGGGCAUAGGGAAUGGGAGGGGCACAGGGAAUGGGAGGGGCACAGGGAAUGGGAGGGGCACAGGGAAUGGGAGGGGCACAGGGAAUGGGAGGGGCACAGGGAAUGGGAGGGGCACAGGGAAUGGGAGGGGCACAGGGAAUGGGAGGGGCACAGGGAAUGGGAGGUGCACAGGGAAUGGGAGGGGCACAGGGAAUGGGAGGGGCACAGGGAAUGGGAGGGGCACAGGGAAUGGGAGGGGCACAGGGAAUGGGAGGGGCACAGGGAAUGGGAGGGGCACAGGGAAUGGGAGGGGCACAGGGAAUAGGAGGGGCACAGGGAAUGGGAGGGGCACAGGGAAUGGGAAGGGCACAGGGGAUGGGAGGGGCACAGGGAAUGGGAGGGGCACAGGGAAUGGGAGGGGCACAGAGAAGGGGUGGGCAGCAAGGUUUGGCCGGGCAGGAGGGGAUGGGCGGGCAGCAGGGAAUGGGCGGGCAGCAGAGAAUGGUUGGGCGGCAGAGAAUGGGAGAGCCGCAGACAUUGGGAGGGCCACAGAGAAUGGGAGGGUUGUUACAAAGGCAAUUUAG